AUGGAGGCUGUAGUGGAGAUGCCCCUUUGCAUGAUGUGUUUGCAUAGCUACAUCAACACGAUCACGAAGAAUUUCCCAGGGGCGAGUCAAGUGACAAUGUACAUGGGGAGAGAUGUGCCUACUGUUAUUGUGUAUAGAAUCCCGGGGGUAGAUUUCAUAGGAUAUGAGCCUCCCGCGGCUAACCACAUGUAUCAUCGAAAGCGAGAGAGGGCUGAAGUGAGGAAUGAAGGUAUCGUGGACAGUACCAGUGAAGAUGAAAUUGAUAUUGAAGAUGAAGAAGAAAAUGAGACGGAUUCAGAAGAUGGAGAUGAAGAUGAAAUGGAUUUAGAAGAUGAAGAUGGAGAUGGAGAAGAAGUUGACAGAGUAAUUGUCAUUAACCGAAAGCGAGUGUGGUCUCAGAUGAUGGAUGAGGAUGAAAUGGAUCCUCAAGAUUAUGGUGGAGAUGAAAUGGAACAGGAAGAUGGAGAUGAAGAUGAAAUGGGUCCUCAAGAUAAUGGUGGAGAUGAAAUGGAACAGGAAGAUGGAAAUGGAGAUGAAGAUGAAAUGGGUCCCAAAAAUGGAGCUGAAGAUGAAAUGGAUGCAGGAGAUGGAGAUGGAGAUGAAAAUGGAGAGAGAUGA